AUGGUGGUUGUUAUUAUUAUUGUGCAUACCGAGCCAAAGUUUUCCUACAAUGACGUUACAUUGAUCCUGGUGCAUGUGGGCUUUCUGACGGAGGAGUCGGGGGACGUUUUCAGCCCCAAGGUGCUGAAAGGGGGUCCUCUGGGCGAGAUGGUGCAAUGGGCUGACAUCUUAGCCACUCUGCACGUCUUGGGACACGACCUCCACAUCUCAGUGUCUCUCAAAGAGCUGCAGCAGUAA